GAACCAGGACAAGUGUGGAAUAUAAACAGAUUAUUAACGCACUCAGAGGCCAAGUGCUCUCUGCUGCAGGGAACUUUGCCUCGUGGGUAUUUUUGUUACACACACAUUUAGGAAGAGCUGCAGACUCCAGGACACAGUAAGUGUUUGGUAAAUAUGGGUCACCUCAGUCGAGUAUUACAGGCCAGUACCAUUUACAGAAAAGCUGUUUCCAAAUGCGUCCACUGGAGGUUCAGCAGUGCCACCAGCCACACAACUGAGAAGAGUGUCCCAUAUACCACAACAUUAAAAGAGGAGAGUCCUGCAUCCAAAGGCCCUACCAAACCUCUACCUCGCUCUGCAGAUGUUGUAGUCAUAGGCGGGGGAAGCUUGGGAUGUCAGACCACUUACCACUUAGUCAAGAUGGGUAUGAAGAAUGUGGUCUUACUUGAAAGGGACCGUCUGACUUCUGGAACCACAUGGCAUACAGCAGGUCUCCUUUGGCAGCUGCGCCCUAGUGACGUUGAGGUGGAACUAUUGGCUCACACCCAUAAUGUGGUCAGCAAAGACCUGGAACAAGAGACCGGACUGCACACUGGGUGGAUACAGAAUGGAGGACUCUUCAUUGCAUCGAACAAGCAGCGACUUGAUGAGUAUAAGCGGCUCAUGUCUCUGGGUAAAGUGUACGGUGUGGAGUCGUACGUCUUGUCUCCCGCAGAGACUAAGGACCUCUAUCCACUAAUGAAUGUGGAUGAUCUCUAUGGCACUCUCUAUGUUCCAAAAGAUGGCACUAUGGAUCCUGCAGGGACCUGCACCACACUGGCAAGGGCUUCUACUGCCAGGGGGGCACAAGUUAUUGAAAACUGCCCAGUGACUGGCAUUCAGGUGAAGACAGACGACUUCGGAGUGAGACGUGUGGUGGGUGUCGAGACAGAACAUGGCACAGUGCAGACCCCAUGUGUAGUUAAUUGUGCAGGUGUCUGGGCACGAAAGCUCGGGCAGCUGGCUGGAGUCAACGUCCCUCUAGUUGCCAUGCAUCAUGCGUACGUGGUCACAGAGCGAAUCGAGGGUAUUCAGAACAUGCCAAAUGUUCGGGACCACGACGCUUCAGUGUAUCUGCGUCUCCAAGGUGACGCUUUGUCAGUGGGCGGAUAUGAGUCAAAUCCAAUAUUCUGGGAAGAGGUCUCAGAUAAGUUUGCUUUCGGUCUCUUUGAUCUGGACUGGGAUGUUUUCAUGCAGCACAUUCAAGGAGCCAUCAACCGGGUUCCAGCGCUGGAGAAAACCGGUAUCAAAUCCACUGUUUGUGGCCCAGAAUCCUUCACUGCAGACCACAAACCGCUAUUAGGGGAGUCUCCUGAGGUCAGAGGGUUUUUCCUGGGCUGCGGAUUUAACAGCGCAGGAAUGAUGCUUGGUGGGGGCUGUGGAAAGGAGCUGGCGCACUGGAUUAUACACGGACGCCCUGAAAAAGAUAUGUAUGGAUAUGACAUCAGGAGGUUCCAUCAUUCUUUGACCAACCACAACCGUUGGAUGCGAGAACGAAGUCAUGAGUCGUACGCCAAAAACUACUCCGUUGUUUUCCUCUAUGAUGAACCUAUGGCUGGGAGGAACAUGAGAAAGGACCCUUUGUAUGAGGAGCUUCUGAAACAAGGCUGCGUGUUCCAGGAAAGACACGGCUGGGAACGACCCGGUUGGUUUAACCCAGAGGGGCCAGCUCCGGUUCUGGACUACGAUUAUUAUGGUGCUUAUGGCAUGAAUCCCCAUCAAGACUACACGUAUAGUCGUCUGCUAGAGAAGGAGUACACGUUUGACUUUCCCCCUCAUCAUGAUGUGAUCAAGAGCGAGUGCCUUAUGUGCCGACACCGAGUGGCUGUUUUUAACAUGUCCUACUUUGGAAAGUUCUACCUGGUUGGGCCAGAUGCCAAGAAGGCGGCUAAUUGGCUGUUUACCGCUGAUGUCAACAAGCCCCCUGGUGCCACUGUGUACACUUGCAUGUUAAACAAUCACGGCGGUACAGAGAGCGAUCUCACAGUAAGCAGCAUUGCGCCAGGUGCAGCAGCGUCAGUGCUUGCGCCUCAAUUUGAAGGUGACGGCUAUUACCUCGCUAUUGGUGGAGCUGUAGCUCAGCACAAUUGGAGUCACAUUAACACCGUUAUACAGGAUGAGGAGUUCAAGUGCAAACUGAUCGACUGUUCCGAAGACCUCGGCAUGAUUAGCAUCCAAGGGCCUGCCAGCCGCUCAGUCUUGGAGGAAGUGCUAGAUGAGGACCUUAGCAAUGAGGCGUUCCCAUUCUCCACGCACAAGCUGGUGAUGGCUGCAGGGUUCAAGGUGCGUGCCAUCCGCCUGUCCUUUGUUGGAGAGAUGGGGUGGGAGCUGCAUAUGCCAAAAGAGGCCUGUGUCCCUGUUUACCAGGCGGUAAUGAAGGCAGGUGCCAAGAACGGCAUUGGCAAUGCUGGAUAUCGAGCUAUUGAUUCUCUCAGCAUUGAGAAAGGAUACCGGCACUGGCACGCAGACCUGCGCCCUGAUGAUUCUCCAUUGGAAGCUGGGUUGGCAUUCACCUGUAAGCUAAAAUCCAGCACUCCGUUCCUUGGGAGGCCGGCGCUAGAGAAGCAGAAGGCUGAGGGUCUCCGGAAGCGCCUGGUGUGCUUCACUAUUAAUGAGAAGGUUCCCUUCUUCGGAUUGGAGGCGAUUUGGAGGAACGGUAAACCAGUGGGUCACAUUCGCAGAGCGGAUUAUGGAUUUGCCAUCAACAAGACUAUUGCAUACGGCUAUGUCCGUAAUCCUGAUGGGGGACCUGUCACGCUGGAUUUUGUCCGUAGUGGAGAAUAUGCUCUGGAGAGAAUGGGGGUCACCUAUCCCGCUGAGGCUCAUCAGAAGUCACCGUUUGACCCCAGCAACAUGAGAGUGAAAGGAUUUUAUUAAUCUGAUCAAAUAAAAAGCGCCUCUGCGAGGGCCACACUGGUUGUGUCAGCACAAAGAUAACCCGCCACUGAUUUAAUUAGGUGCAGCGAUUAACCCUUUAUCUCAGAGCUGACUGUAAUUUACUGCGUCACCACAUAGGACAUGAGUUUCCUGAUUAGACUGAGGACUAGUGACGAUAAUUCUGUGGUGCGCCCCUCUUCGUCUUCAGGCAGCAUCCAAACCACUAUAUAUUGUGAAUCAUCUCCUAAAUUAAACCAAAAAACAAAUGAUAAUGACAGAUUGAUAGAUGAAAAAUAAAGGUAAGAAUCUCUGUGCUCAUCUUAAAAAAAACUACACUGUGAAGCUUUUUAUUUUUUUAUUUAAAUAACAUCUGUUUUAUUUUGUUACCAAACAUAUAAAAGCAUUCAAAUAAUUGUAUUUCUAAAA